CCAUACGUCUCCAGCGCGACCACUCCUGCGACUCACCAUUCCAAAAUCGUUUAUUUCUUCGCUCAUUUGUCUUUGGUCUAAAGAAGAGUAUAUCUUAUAUCUUGUUCACAGUCAGCUUCUUACAUCCACCAAAAAACAUGGAUCUCACACAGUCAUUAUUCUCGGUAUUGAUAGCACUCUGUGCCACAUUCCACCUGACCCACAGUGCAAAGAGUUCAUUCUGCAAAGGGCGACACCCAAAGCUCUGUCACGUACACAUCGGCAAAAGAACGUUCUUCUCGGACGACCGUGAUCUCAGUGUCCCCGCCAACAUCGACCCCAUGUCUCCCGCCGCCCGUCUUCUCGCCGUCGACCCAUCCACGAUAGACCUUAGUGGUUACUUACCAGAGGAAAAUGCCCAACUCCGACAGUCACCUCCAGAGUACCUGGCAAAUCAAGGUGAAGAUGUUGACAUCAUUGUGGACAGCCAUCCGCGAAAAAUGAGAAUCCUACGACUCAUCCAAGAGAUCAUGGAUAGCUCGCUUGAAGAACCUUGACCUCCAUGCCCUGACCUUUCAACUUUCACCAUUCAACAAAGUUCAUUUGCGGUUUUUUCCAGAAUCGGCAUUGUGUUUACAAUUUCAUUCUUUUAAACAACAUUUCAAAUUCGUUCAACCAUCCGAUGUAGACAGUUACGAAGAACAACUUUCUUGACUGUAUAUGAAUAAAGAAAAAGAGAUUGUUAAUGUGUGAACCCAUUCCGUUCGCUUAUGUAUCAUUUUCUAUUAUCAUUCUUCAGAGAUUGAGAGCUAUUUUUUCAUGAAAUAUAUUGUAAGUUAUUGUAGGACUGCUUUUGUAGAUGAUUUCUAUACUUUUCUUAGUGUUCAGUCUCAGAGGUGGAGAUCAAGAGUGUGUGGGAGGACAUAGAGUAUGUUUACUGUAUUGCCAUAAAAUAUAUGAUCAGGACAUUCCUGGGAAUGUUUGCUUUUGAAAUCUUAGCAAUGCGACUCGUUAAACGACAUAUCCCCACAAAAUGUUGUUUAAACAAAGUGAUAGUCUGCGAGCUCUCCCCGAGUACCUUAACUAUUGUCUAUAUAUUUAAAAACAACCCGCUCAAGGAGAAAAUAGAGUGACGUUUUAAAUAAUAAUCUGAAAGGUAUGUAAAGAUCCCAGAGAACAUGGAGAUGCUCUUGAGAGAUAAAAUAUAACAAGUACUAAUUAAGAGCCAUGUCAGGUAGCUUAAUAUUUAAUAGAUCCUUGAUAUGACAGCGAUUUAACAGGCGCUGACAUGGCACCGGGAGACAUACUCAAUUGUCUGCAAAUAAAGUCUCAUCAAAAAUCCAUUAGUGAUAUGCGAGGCAGCAGUACUGUUUCUUAACUAUCCAUAACUAGUCGUUAAUAACACACAUAUUUUAGAAGGCCAAUUUCACAGGAGAAACAUCCAGCCUUCAAAAGGCCCACGCUAACCUAAAUAUUCCCAUUUGUAGCGAUUCUAUGAUGUCAAAAAACACUACUGUAGUCUCAUUUUCAUAUCUUAUCUACAUAAUGAAAGGGAUUAUUAGUUUACUUCCUAUUUAUAUUUGAAUUAAUCAAACAUAGUAUUUUAUUGAAGUUCUUGUCAAUAAAGAAAGAACCAUGACUAUGUAUAGAAAUGAGAGCCCCAUCUAAAUUUUCCAGUGGAAGAGCGAAUACGUCACAACAGUUGAAGGCAAAUAGAUAAUUGUAUUCUGUUAUUCUAUAUCCUGUUAUAUUUUCUUAAUCUGUUAUACUAUUGAUUUUCUAUUGCCAAUUAUAGCAACAGUUUAACUUUCCAUAAGGUCAUUUCGUUCCUCUGGGUUUCUUUUCUCAAGAAACAAAUGACCUGAUUUGUUUUGAGGUGUAAUUAAGAGAAUAUAAUGACCACAUUAAUUUAGUCAUCGCAUAUGCAUUUUACCCAAAUGGUUUAAACAGCAACAUCUGUAUACGCGUAUACAGCACUAAUCAUGCUUAUUCGUAAACAUUACUUUCGUAUUAUCUUAAUGCAAAUAUCCUGCCUAAUAAUUGUGACAAAGGGAAUGCGCAUUACUUUGACAGGUGUAUAAUUUACCCUAUGAAACAAUGCAAAAAGAGCUGUAAAUAAUAAUCCGCCAAUAAUACCAUAAGAUUUCACAUGAAUAUAUCAGAGAAGCUUAUAAUUAUUAGAAUAUAACGAUGAUAAUGAUUGUAGUAACAGAAAUGGUUACGAUCGAACAACACACACGAUUCUGACAGAAUAUAUUGAUAAACCUACAUGAACACCUCUGAUUAUCACAGUUCAAAUAAUGUAUUCUGUAAAUAACCGUCAGGUAAUAUUUUCCCUCUCAUUUUCUUUAUUCAUCUUAAUAGAUAAUUGCGUUAUUAUCUGUUCAUGCCUGGCCCUCAAAGUUAAAAGAGCAAGUUUUCAGAGUAAAUUAAAUCUGCAAUCCUAAUUCAAAUUGUCAAUGCAGGAUCAUGACUUGUAUGUGUCUUUUAAAAAUAAUUUCACAAUCUGCAGUUAAUAUUCUUAUCAUCUGUGUAUAUCUGUAGUUAAAUUACCUUGAUGUCAUUCUUAAUAAUUAUGUACUACAUAAACCCCUCUUUACUGUGUUAUUUUUAGUUUCACUUUUUUCAAAGUCAACUUCAUGAUUUCUCAUUACCACCCUUAAAUGGACGAAGUUAUAAAAUGCACUUAAUAUGACUUUAUAUUAUACAUUGCAUUUCUUUAAAAUCAUAUCACCUCCAUGAUAACUAGCAUCCCUUGCAAUUCAAAUUUGUUGUAUUUUGAUUUUCUGAGCUAUGUAUUAAUGUAAAGUCAAAUUGUCUGAAAAUGUAAACAUUUGAGUUAAGGUUACUGUUACUUAUUUAAUCUUUUUUUUCUUUUCCCGACAUUCAUGUGACUCACUUCAAAUCUUACUAUUGGUUUGUAUUCACUGUUUUCUUGAUUUUGUCUUUGCCUAACGAAAAACAACAACAACAAUAAUAAUAAUGAUAACAAUAAUGAUGUUAAUAAUAGUUUAUAAUGAUAAUAAUAAAGAUAAUAAUAAUAAUAAUCAUCAUUAUGAUAAUAAUGGUAAUGGUGAUAAUAAUAAUAAUAUCCUGAUGCAUACGAGAUGUCAAUUUUAAUAAUAUAAGUCCACACUUACAUAGAAGAGAAAGUAUUCCUCCUGUCAUAUCACAUGAUAUUGACGCCAUAAUAAAAUAAAAUAAAAUGUGAACAGCAAAUGAGUACAGUUCAUUCCCGAGAAAAUGAUUUGCUCCAUUCUGAUGAGGCAUACAAACUAAAAAAAAAAAAAAAAAUUCUUUCCCUUGAUUAUCGUAUUCAAAAUCAGUAUCCCUAUGUAUACAAUGCAUAUAAUGCUACUUGGACCCCAUAUCAAUGUCGUAAUACUAGUUUGAAUACUCCUGUAUCAUGUACAUUUUUUUCUCGGUAACUGCAUGCACGAAUGAAUUUGCUUGUACAGUACAUUCAAGUAUUUUUGUAAAAAUUUGCCAUUUGUAGAGGAUUUUGAAUCUAUCUAUCAAGGUAUCGUGUUUACAGAUACUGCUCUACUCAUUAUAUCCCAAUUCUAGCUUGUAAAUAAUUUUAAGGAGAAAAGUGUUCUAUUAAAUCUUGUGACAUUUAAUUUCCUCAUGAUUUCUUGAAAAUAUUGUUCCAAGUUCUCAAUGUCAACACACAUUAUAAAGAUAAUUAAUUGCGAGUCGUUACUGACUAGUGAUAAAAUGACACAAAGCCGAAACGGCGAAAUGUAAAGUCGUGAUUUUUGUAAAAAAUUUGAGAUGGCCUUCCAAUAAACAGAGCGCUAAUUAAUCCCGA